CUACAUACAACAACGUAACAGAGGAGGGGGGAGAGUUGAUGACGAAGAAGAAGAGGAGCGGAAGAAGAGUCGAAGAGGAAGGAGAGGAAGAGAUGGCGACGAGGCCGAAUGGAAGGCGGUUGUCGUAUAUCGCAGUGCCGUCGCAGAUUAUCCACUCGCUCUCCUCCACAUCGCUGCACAGCCUCCUCAUCUCCCCGCCCAAGAAGGUCUCUCGGACCGGCCACCGCCUCCUCGCCCGCAGCACCAAGUUCCUCCUCCUGCUGCUCUUCCUCUUCGCGGGAGUCGGCACAUUGAGGGUCUGGCACGACCUCGACCCGCUCCUCCCCUGCCCCCACCUCAUUCGCGGCCCGCUCUCUACGGCGGAUUCGACGGAGGAGCUCGCGCUCGGCGUCGGUGGAGGAGUGGAGGCGCGGGGGGAGUUCUGGAGACAGCCGGACGGGAUGGGGUUCGUGCCAUGUCUCAAGUUCAGCAAGCAGUACCGGGCGGAAGGCGAGGCGGCGGCGCGGGCCGGCCGCCGGAAGAAGUACCUCCUGGUGGUCGUCUCCGGCGGGCUCAACCAGCAGCGGAACCAGAUCGUUGACGCGGUAGUCAUUGCUCGGAUUCUCGGCGCCGCCCUGGUCGUCCCCGUCCUCCAGGUCAACGUCAUCUGGGGCGACGAAAGCGAGUUCUCUGAUGUAUUCGACUUGGAGCAUUUCAAAAGCGUUCUCGCCGAGGAUGUUAAGGUGGUGUCGUCGCUGCCGUCGACACAUAUCAUGACGAGGCCGGUGCAGGAGAGGGAAACACCCCUUCAUGUCUCCCCUGACUGGAUUCGAUCGAGAUACAUGAAGCGACUAAACAGAGAAGGUGUUUUGCUUCUAAGAGGUUUGGAUUCCAGGCUUUCCAAGGACCUCCCACCUGAUCUCCAAAAGCUUCGCUGCAAGGUCGCGUUCCGUGCGCUGAGGUUCGCAGCUCCGAUCCAAGAGCUGGGCAACAAGCUCGCAAUGAGGAUGAGAAGCAAAGGUCCAUAUCUCGCGCUACACCUGCGUCUGGAGAAGGACGUGUGGGUGCGAACCGGUUGCCUUCCCGGUCUAAGCCCCGACCACGACGAGGUCAUCCAAGAACAGAGGAAGCUCCGGCCGAAGCUCCUCACCGGAAGGUCCAACAUGACGUACCAGGAGCGCAGACUCGCCGGCCUUUGCCCCUUGACCGCCUUGGAAGUCACCAGACUGCUCAAAGCACUCGAAGCGCCGAGGGACGCACGAAUUUACUGGGCAGGAGGGCAACCCUUCGGCGGGCGACAGGCACUGCUGCCUCUUCUCUACGAAUUCCCCGAUCUCUACAACAAAGAGAGCCUUACUCUGCCGGGUGAACUGGAACAGUUCGCUAACAGGUCGUCUCUUCUAGCUGCCAUCGACUACAUCGUCUGCGAGCAGAGCGACGUCUUCAUGGCCUCCCACGGCGGGAACAUGGGCCACCUGAUGCGCGGGCACCGAGCGUUCGCCGGGCACAAGAAGUUCAUCACGCCGAACAAGCGGCAGAUGAUCCCCUAUUUCCUCGACACUUCCUUGCCGGAGUCGGAGUUCAAUCGGAUCGUGAAGGAGCUGCAUCAGGGAUCGCUGGGCCAACCUGAGCUCAGGACCGACCACAAGGUCGGCAAGGACGUCACCGCCUACCCGGUGCCGGAGUGCAUGUGUAAUGGCACGAGCAUAAGGUCGAUACUAUAGCGAGCCAGGGCAAAUGGCUUGUGCUGCUGCUGCUUCACCAAGAUGCUUGCUUGCGUUUCUUUUCCCGAUCACCAUGGCAUUAAAGCUUGGUAUGAAGGCAAGAUUUUGGCAGGAGACCAAACCAGAUCUCACACAACACACACACACACGCCAACAACAAAUCUUCGGAGGGGAAGUCUACACGGUAAAAAUGGAUGUUUAUUCUUUUUGUGUUCAUAGAUGUUCUUUUGCUGUGAGGGUUUGAGAGAUGCAGUGGACUUAUGGGGAUGGUAUAAAUUCUGCUCAUUGUAUAAGCAUGACAAAGGUUGAUAAGAUUUGACAGACCUCCAAGUGGAUCAUCAA